AACUGUGGCGGCUGAAACUGAGCGAGGAGACGUGGUGGCCGAGUGUUUUCCUCAACAAAUCGUCAGAUCGCGCUUUAUCUUCCUAAUCUUGUUGCGAUCGUACACUUGAGGGAACAUGGGAGCGGCAGACAAACCUGAGCAUUGAUUGCUUAUCGUUUUUUGGCUGUUCCAGCCCAACAUUGCUCGGUGUCAGGCUGGCCUGUUUUGCUGUUUAGCAAGCCUUGCAUGCAUUGUUCACUGUGCUCUCCUACCCGGAAGUGCAUCUGUUGCUUGCGCACCUUGAUGGAAGUUUUGACUUGUCUCUGAGAGCGAGGUUGACACCACCGCAUCACCAACAUGUUGCAGCAGAUCCUCAAGGAUAUGUACAUCGACCCGGACAUCCUGGCCGAGCUCUCAGAUGAGCAGCGCGAAAUCCUCUUUUGCAAGAUGCGGGAGGAGCAGGUCCGGCGGUGGAAGAUCAACGAGGCGGAGUACGAGAAGAAGAUGAAGAAGGCCAAGCAGAAGAAGAAGAAGAAAGGGGGUAAAACAGUCAAUUGGCUGCUUGGCGCCGACAGCAAAGAGUGGGUCUGGGUGAUGGGGGACCACCCCAGCGACAUGAAGAUUGAGGACAUCCUGGAGAAGGAACGGCUGGAGAGGGCCAAUCAGAUCGCACGGGAGGAGGUGGAGGCUGCGAGACAAAAAGAAGAAGAAGAACUAAGACGAAAGGAAGAAGAAGAACGUAUCCUGAGGGAAGAAGAGGAGCGACUCGCCAGGGAGAAAGAAGAGAUUGAAAGGAAGGCCCGGGAAGAGGAGGAACGCCUCCGGAAGGAAGAGGCAGCGGCGAGGGAGCUAAAAGAGCGGCUGGCCAGAGAGCAGGCCGAGGAGGAGAAGCGGCGGCGGGAGGCCGAGGAGGCAGAGCAGCGGCUGCAGGAGAUGAAGGCGAAGUGGCAGAAAGCAGCAGCAGAGGAGCGAGAGCGGCUGGCCCGGGAGCAAGAGGCACGGCGACAGGAGGAGGAAAAGAGACAAGCGGAGGAGGCCAAGCGGCAGGCAGAGCUAGAGAGGAAGAGGGCAGAGCAGGAGAAGCUGAGGGCGUCCGUGGAGGAGGCCAAACGGAAAAGGCAGCAAUUGGAGCGAGAGAAAGAGGAGAAAGACCGACAGGCGAGAGAGCUUCGAGAGAAGGCCGAGAAACUCAGACUACAGGCAGAGAAGGAAAGAAGGGAACAUGAAGAGAGGGAGAAACAGUCCAAGAAGGUGUUGGAGCACAGGGUAGAAGAGCUGUAUGUGAACAUGAAGAAGACUGAUGAGGACAAGAAUAAGCUGGCAGAGAAGGACCGGGCCAACAUCGAAGACGUCUGGAAAGUUCAGUUGCGAAGGUCAAAGCGUGCCGACAGCGAGCGAAGCCAGAGAGCUCGCUGGGCCCGUGAGGAGAUCCGGCGCUCCCGACUUAGCGGGAACUUUGAGAACCUCACCUUGGACGAGAUCUAUAAGCACGGCCUGGCCCCAGAGGAGAAGCCCAUCAUAAGGCCAGCCAGUGGAAUGCCCCGGCCCUCUCAGCCCGUUAACAGAGAGGAUGUCAUCUCCUGGUACCGCGACAACCAGCGCCGAAAGCAGGCCGGAAUCAGCGUGGACAUCAACGGCAGCAGGCCUGCCAAAUGGUUCCAUGGCAUCAUCCCACGCGAGCGUGCCAACCAGCUCCUGGAGGAGAAGAAGCCCGGCACCUUCCUGGUCCGCGUCAGUGAGAAGGUCUGGGGCUACGUCCUGUCCUACCGCUGCCAGGAGCGGGUCAAGCACUUCCUGAUUGACGCCUCCGGGGAGACCUACCAGUUCUUUGGAGCGGACCCCUCCCAGCAGCACUCCGUCCACAACAGGCUGGGUGACCUCAUCACCUAUCAUAAGGUCAUACCGAUCUCAGAACUUGGCAAGGAGAUACUGAAGGAACCAUGCGGACAGGAGGGUAUGGUACCAGACUUCUUUGAUCUCAUUGAAGACAUUGAACCAAGCAACGUCAAAGGAGAGUCAACGUCAUUAUAGGAUUGAGUACCUCAAAAGCCUUCCUCUUAAAAGGAUGUCAGUUUCUUUUCUUUUUUUUCAUUUGAUACAUAUGUGCUAUGUAACUGACUUUUCGGUCCUGUGAUGACGGCGUUAGAGUCCACCGGUAUAUUCAGCGAUGGGUUUUGCCCUUACUCGUAUAUAUAUUCAUGUUGUCUGGGGCCGCAAAAUUUAGGUCUGGACCCGGCCUUGGCAAAGAAAUUCAGAAGCCACUCGGCUUGGACUGGAACCCAUGACCACCUUCUUUACACUAGUGUAGAGUCUUCCACAUUUGGGUUUGCACCUAGACCAGGGAAUCCUUUUGCCCUGAGUGUUCCUUAGCAAGAUAUGCUGCUUCAGUUACAUACACCUUCCAGAAGCAAAGUGCCUAGGGGGGUCUAUAACGAUUAAGGGCAAAAGACAUUUACAGCAAAUCAACAAGUUCGCUCCAUUGUGAACAUGUUUUGCGUUUUUGUUCAGCGAUAUUACAUCGCUAAUCUGAAGCGUUUUGAACAAUUUGAUCCAAAGCUUCUCUUUUAUAUCAGCAAAUUUCUUCCUAUUAAGCCUUUUCCUUUCUUUUCACUUCAGUAGCUUAUUUUUUGACAUCUUAAGUUUUGUACAAAACAUUGCAUACAAGUAUUUAUAUUUUAUAAGAGACAUAUCCUAAGAUGCACAUGUACACUUGCCUUUGCUGAGGGCAGCAUAAAACAGCGUGCUGAACUUCAUCAGGUUGAGCCUUAAGAAACCUUUCGUUAAAGUUGUCAGUUUUUAGUAGCAACUCAGAAUACGCAUGAUGUGCAGCGUACCUCCUUGCACAAUGGACGAUUUGUCUGUGUAUAUCUAAUCAGCACAAAAUGGCUAAAUCUUUGUAUAUAAAAAGUGAAGAGAAAGUUAGAUAACCUUUAAAUAACAGUAUAUAUGCAGAACACACUGAACAAAUGAGAAUGUAACUUGAGACACGACUAUGCACUUGUCACAGUAUACUGGUGUUUUCAUAUAUGUACAUUGAACAAUUAGGUUUGCUACAGUACUAUGGAAUCACGUACUAAGGUCAAUUUAAUCAAUAGCAGGUGAGGAACUUGUGAGUUGGAAUCUGAUUAGCUAGAUUUAGAAACAGAUUUCUCUAGAAGCACUUCUUUUGUUCCCUUAUCACUUUAGAUUUCUUCAAAGAAGAAAGUGUGUAUGUGUUUCGAAGGAAUUUUCAUGUUUAAUGUGAAAUCACAGUGUCAAAAAAGUGUGGCGAUUAAUUGUGGAUUUCGAACUGAAAAAAAGGGUUUUGGUUUGCAAAAUGAAAUUGAUUGAAGUAUCAACAUCAGACUCAUGAGAAAGUGAGCCAAUGCUUCAGUUUGAUUUGUUGAACCAAACGUUAAUAGAAGUUACUCCCACAAAAUUCCCUUUGCCAGGUUUUUUGUUUUUGGUUUUUUGUUCUUUUUUUGUCCAACAAUCAGUGGAUAAAGCUGAAUAGCCCACCGAGUUUAUAAACAAAAUAUUUAUAUAAAUGUCAUUUCAAGAAUCACAAAAUCUUAUAAAUUAAUAUUGUUUGUUUGUCCUGUUGGUUUACAGAUAGAAUUAUUGAACAUACAUUUACAAAUAAAAAGAAUGAAAUGAUUUGACUUGUCUUGAGUAUGGUCAGAGAAAAAAACAUUUUUAUGAGAAAUUUCAGAUUCCAAUUUGUCUGUGAAAACAAAAAUGCCAGUAUGAGAUGGUGGAUUAGAGCUGUUUAUCAUGCUCCAAAGGACAUUGUCAGUAUUUGUACACAUUCAGUAUGUAGAACCAGGUAAAUGCUGUCUGAGAUAAUCUGUGAUUGUCUGUGAUGCGUUUAUUUCAUUCGCUCGCUUCUUUGCCAAUGGAAGGAAUUUGUGUGAAGUCAUAUUGAUUGCCACUAAACACUGCUUUAACUUCAGGUCGCAAGAUCCAGUUUUAUGCAGAACCCCUUAACAUUUUUGGAUCAUUUAUGAUAGCCUGUGCCAGCAAACAGCCGUAAUUAAUUCGCCGUGUGAAAUGAAAUUUGAAGUGAAAGUUAAAUUAAGAUUCAUUGCAAAAGUACUUGUUGCAUGUCAUUUAGGAGGGACUGUGUGUAAUCUUAGCUAUUGCAAAGGGUAGUUUUCCUCAGCCAAUGUUUCUCUGUGAAACCUGGUGUUUUAUGAAAGAACAAAGAAGACCCUAUUUAUGCAAUUUGAACAGGAAUUUUCAGCCAUUGUCAUGGCCAUCAUAAACAGAGGUGCCUUUUGUGGUAAAAAUUGUUUUGCCAGUUUGUUAUAUUAGAGAUGCAGUACUAUAUAUUACUAAAAUGAAACCAUUGAAUAAAUAGUAUUUGGUAUGAUAACAAUAUUUGUGAAUAAUGUAAUUUUUUAUCUAUUGAUCGAGGGUUGAGGUCCAGUUCAAAGGAAUCUCCACAACAAAUAAAAGUAAGUUCCAGGUUUUUUGUUCAUACUUUUUAGAUUAGAAGUGUUCAAUAUUAGAAAGUUUCUUGAGUUCAAAUAUCUCCUCUUUGAUUUUAGUGAUACGAGAGGUCCUUCAGACUUUGCCAAGUACCUUGUUGUAAACACAGGAACAUUGAAUUAUCCGGAGUGAAAACAACAAAGAACAAAGGAUUGGGAACUAAACAUUUCCUUCUUGUAAGCAGAA